AUGGAAGCGAUAAGAAGAGCUGGAUCGUCUCACAACGAGGUCGGUGUGACUGCAGACUCACUGAGCGGCUCGAUGUUGGACGAACCACCGAGCCCGAUUGCAGAAGAACUGCAGAUGGCCACGGUGCAGGGCACAGAACCGCUUUAUGAUCAACCCGACGUCGCUGCAUAUUCAUUGAGCGGCUCGUCAAUUGGCGAAUCCUCUGGUCCCAUGGAGGUCCACGGAAGAGGUUUGCCGUCAGUGAGCAUGUACGCCAUGUCUGCUUUGCCAUAUAGAACGCCCACAGCAGAUGCGUAUAUCAGACCUGUCUCAACAAGAGUAUCAGUGCGAGGAGUUGGCGGUGUAACGUCUUGGGAACACCAAUCUAGUGCGGAGAGCGCACCUCAUCGUAGGGGUCUGAGACGCCAUGUCGAGCUACCAGCGGCCACUGUCGCGCUCAACAAUGAACGCCGUGCUUUCGGAGCAAGAGAGUACGAGGCGUUCAAACAGCGACACACACAGCCGAAGAAGGAUUUGAAGCCGUCUUUCCUGACGAGUGUGGCGCCUACAAACCAGGAGCUGCAGAACUCCAUACCGCAUAUCUUCCAAUCGACAGCAGAGGGUAAACAGCAGACGCAAGAGCUGAAAAACGAGAUGACUCGUUGGACGCAUGAGUUCUCACGCUUCGUCGACGACGGGAAUGCAACGCAAAAUUCCAGAGACGAAAAUGUCUUGACGUUGUUGGGAGCGCUGAACGAGGCAAUAGACAGCAGCAGUGGAAAGAUGCGACAACUGUUCUAUGAGACUUCGGACUCGGCGGGCUUCACCGCUGUGUUAGGCCGGAUAGAAACUGUGUCGAAGAGCGUGAGAGUGAUGAAAGAGGCUGAAGAGUUCCAGGAUGUCAAAGAAGAACGGGAGGAGCGUAGACGAAGUCGUUGA